CUUUAGCGCAGAAGGGUUGGAGCUCUCGGGUUUCGGUCCCGCCGUUCGGACACUCUUCCGGCGAUUUAUCCGCGACGCCGUCGUUGCCCCGCCGUGAGCCCCAGCGACAACAAGAGGGGAAGGGACCGCCUGCCCUCGGUCUUAAGAGCCUACGGCCGACAGCUUAUUUAAAGACAUAAGCCGCAUCUGUCGCUGUUUUCCUUUUUUUCUUCCGCCGUCACAGAAACAACGUCGAAACUCACACCCAUAACUGCUAACUACCAUGGCAUCGUCGACUCCGUACACGGCGAGGUGGGGUAUCAUGGCCACGGGUUGGAUUGCUGAGGUCUUCACCAAGGACCUCCUCACCAACCCGGCCACCCGCGGGGUGCACGACGUCCGCCACGAGGUCGUGGCCGCGGCCUCGUCCAGCUCCAAGGACAGGGCCGUCGACUUCCUCAAGCAGGUUAAGGCGCCGAGCUCGGCCCGGGCCUACGGCUCGUACCACGAGCUGGUGGCCGAUCCCGACGUCGACAUUGUCUACGUCGCCACGCCCCACAGCCACCAUUUCCAGAACGCCAUGCUCGCGCUCGAGGCCGGCAAGCACGUUCUGUGCGAGAAGGCACUGACCGUGACGGCGGCCCAGGCCCGCAAGCUGGUCGAGACGGCCCGUGCCAAGGGCGUCUUCUUCAUGGAGGCCGUUUGGACGCGCUACUUCCCCCUCAGCAUCCAGGUGAGGAAUCUGAUUGCGUCUGGGGCCAUCGGCAAGGUGUACCGCACUAUUGCCGACCUCUCCAUCGGCAGGGACGCAGCUGACGGCAAGGUGGACUUCCCCGACUCGCACCGCAUGGUCAACCCGGACCUGGCGGGCGGUGCCCUGCUGGACCUCGGCAUCUACGCCCUGACCUGGGUCUUCCAGACGCUGUACCACGUGCAGCCCGAGGCGGAGAAGGAGGCGCCCAAGGUGGUGGCGGCCAUCAACAAGUACCACACGGGCGCGGACGAGACGACCAGCAUCAUCUUGCAGUUCCCCAAGCACAACAGCCACGGGAUCGCGCUGACGUCGCUCCGGGUGGCCACCGACGUGGACGGGCACAACAGCGGCGGCGCGGCCAUCCGCAUCCAGGGGUCGGGCGGCGAGAUCCAGGUCAUGGGCCCCGCGUACUGCCCGCUGCAGUACCGCGUCAUCAAGAAGGACGGCGGCGGCAAGGUCGAGGUGGUCGACUGCCCGAUCCCCAAGGACGCCGGGCGCGACGGCUGGGGCCAGGGCAUGUUCUGGGAGGCCGACGAGUGCGCGCGCUGCCUGCGCGACGGGCGCAAGGAGAGCGCGACGCUGCCGUGGAGCGAGAGCGUCGUCAUCAUGGAGGUCAUGGACGAGGCGCUGCGCCAGGGCGGCGUCGAGUACCCGGCCGUCAUCUCGACCGACGUGUACGACGCCCAGAGCCCGCUGAACACGGGCAAGAGGUGAUUGUUGUCUCUGCGGCAGGCUGCUCUCGGUUACGAGGUCCCGUGUAUUCCGUAGUGUCCCAGAGGUCGUGAUUGGCUUGUUAGCUAGCCCGUAGGGCUGAAAUGAAGCUGUGUGUGUGUUCGUGCGUGUCUCUCUCUCUCAGCUCUGGCACCGCGAGGCUGAGGCGCCCAAAACUUGGCUGUUGAUCGGGCCAACCAGAUG